AUUUAAUAUCAUAUAUAUUUAACAAUAUUAUAGCAAUAAGUUUAUAUUAAUUUCGAUUAUCGCAGAAAUUAAUAAUAAUUUAAACCAGAAUGUAAUGCAAUGGAAUGUAGCAACUUCUUAACAUCUUUAUGAUAUCUGUUCUAUAUUUAUCUCCUGCGUCGGCUUCAGUGAAAUGUGUUUAUCACACUCAUUGAGACUCGUAAAGUUUCAGCCUUCAAGAUUACUCGGUAUCAAACAACAACGACAACUGAACGAGACAACUGGUGCAAUCAUGUCUUCCGAAUCAUCUCUCGAAGAAAUUUUACAGCAAUAUGUUCCAGAGAAGGAAUUGGCUGAAAUAAAACGCAUUUUAUAUGGACGUGAUUUCAAACCACUAUUAGACGUACCAGGAAAAGAAGUUUCUGAAAAGAGUUUUGAGAUAAAAGGAUGGAUGAUGCACAGUGGCAUCGCAGAACAGAUUCGUCCCCCACGUCUCGUUCGCGUUGGACUGAUACAACAUAAAAUCGUGUUACCAACGACACAUCCCAUCUUGGAGCAACGAAUUGCAAUACAUAAGAGAAUUGAGUCGUACAUAGAAGAAGCAUACUUUUGUGGUGUUAAUAUCCUGUGCCUCCAGGAAGCAUGGACUAUGCCAUUUGCUUUUUGCACAAGGGAGAAGUAUCCGUGGUGCGAGUUUGCGGAGGAAGCUGAGACUGGACCAACGACCACAUUGCUGUCUAAGCUUGCUCAAAAAUACAAGAUGGUAAUAAUAUCGCCAAUUUUAGAGAGAGACACCGCUGACGGCGAUACCAUCUGGAAUACAUGCGUAGUGAUCGACGCAGACGGUAAGGUCCUUGGGAAACACAGGAAGAAUCAUAUUCCUCGUGUUGGGGAUUUUAACGAGUCUACUUACUACAUGGAGGGCAAUACGGGACACCCGGUUUUCAAUACUGCGUAUGCUCGCAUUGCAAUUAACAUCUGUUAUGGACGUCAUCAUCCCUUGAACUGGAUGAUGUUCGGCUUGAACGGAGCAGAGAUCGUUUUCAAUCCAUCCGCGACUAUCCAAGGAUUAUCCGAGCAUCUGUGGCCGAUCGAGGCUAGAUGUGCCGCAGUGGCAAACAGUUAUUACACCUGCGCUAUUAAUCGCGUGGGAACCGAGGUUUUCCCACACAAAUUUACAUCCGGCGAUGGACGUGAAGCGCAUAACGAAUUUGGACAUUUCUACGGCUCCACGUAUAUCACCGCCCCCGACGGUUCGCGAACGCCAGGUUUAAGUCGAGACAAAGACGGUUUGCUCAUCGGAGAACUGGAUCUCAAUAUGUGUCGACAAAUGAAAGAUAUCUGGGGAUUCAGGAUGACGCAAAGACUCGAUAUGUAUGCUGAAGAACUUGCCGAGUUCGUAAAGCAGCGUGGUAAACAAAAUUAAAGACUACAAAUGCAUCUGGCAUGCAUUUUGCAUAUAAACUUAUCACUAGAGAUAUCUGGUAUAUCAUGUAUAUGCAUUUAUCUCGAAAUCUAUACAUUGUUUAAUUAACUCUACACUGUUUAUACAUUCAUAUGAAUUUAUUCAAUAUUGUUAUUAAUGUUUAUGCACUAUGCGCAGUCGAACUUUAUAAUGACAACUUGUAUAAUAAACUUAAUUGAGACUUAACAAGAAUUUUAUAUAAUUACAAUAAGUAAUUCAGAACGUAAUGUAAUAUUUUGUCGAUAUCGUGAAAGAUUUAUUCACCGUAUCUAUAUGCUACUUUUAUAAUAAACUUUAUAAAGAGUAAAAAGUGUCACAAACGGUAGAAACAUGUUUCUAUAAAAUAAAAAUAUUGUUCAUGU